AGGAAAAGAGAACGAUGAGGAAAGCGAGCGAGCCAGUGUAAUAAAAGAAAAACGCAUUCGGCGUACUGAAAAAUAGCAAGGGAGAGCAAAUGAAAAGUAGAAUUCUGCCCCUAACCCGCAGGAGCUGUAGCAGCUCUCGGAUGAUAAUGAGUUGCAUUGUGUGAGAGCCGAGGAGAACCCCAGUGUCUGGAAGAGUGGUUGAAUCCCACUUGAUGUCAUGCAGCUAACCAGUUUGCAGCUGCCCACAGCCCCGCUUCCCUGGAUUACCAAACACGGCGAAGAGAUGCAAUAGCAGAGCCCGACAGCAGCUGACUUUCAGGUCAACAAAAUAUCCGGAAUGGUUUAAUCCACAUGCGUAUUUAACCUUUUUCAAAGAGGGGACAUCGUUGGUGCUAUAGGAAUUUGGGGCGAAUUUAAAGGCGUGGUUUUGCAGCAGAACAUCUGGUACUGCUAUGUGGAAACCCGUCAGCAAUGACUGAUGUUGAAACCUCGUAUGCAGACUUCAUUGCUUCAGGACGGACAGGCCGGAGAAAUGCACUUCAUGACAUCCUGGGUUCUCCAUCAGGUGUAAACACGAGUGAUUUAAGCCUUAAAUUAGCAGAACUGAACAUUGACAAAAAAGAAGGGGAUGCUGAAAAAGAAACACAGACAACAAACCAACCUUCUGGAUCUCAGGAGAUACAAGAAAAGAGCGAAAGCUAAUCUGUCUGAAGCUUCUAGAACUUGCUGAUUCUACUCAACAUCUGAGUUCCCCGAAGUCAUCAGAGGUCACAUGGAGAGAACAUUAAGAAACUGGAAAAUGAGUACCUUAGAAAGUGGGCACUUAGCAUAUAGACCAUUUAUAGUGUGGACUGAAUAUAACACAAAAUGCAAAAUGGAUUCUAUCUUCCUCUUUCUCAAUGGUUGAAGAGUUGUUGAACUGAACAGUUUAAAACAAAAUGUGAUUUAUGAGUCAAUUACAUCUGCAAUUAGCUUUAGGAGGAGGAUGGAACUGAUUAAUUAUCCAUUCUGGUUGUUACAGUGUGUCAGUUGGUCAAGACAGAAUAUCCUAUCACAUUUAAGAAAAAUAAAGAUUUGAUGAUCUAUAGAGGAACACAGGUGGACUAUAUAAGCCCUAUAGUUGGGAAUUGUAAAAUGGUUUUUAUUUGAUUAUUGGAGGUGACCAGAAGUAAUGCUUUGCUGAUGCCCGAGUGCACUCAAUCCUGUUUAUCUGAAUGCAUGUCAACUAGAGAGUGUGUUUGGUCAAAUGUAGUGAAAAGGAUAGAACUUCUGUAAUAUAACCGAUCUAUUUGGUACUUGCAGUAAUUACUUGUAAAAGAUUUGCUUUAAAGUCCUUGGUGUUGUAAAGAAUUUCCAACAGAUUAUUAAGUGUCAAAAUUCACCACAUUGGAAAGUCGGUCUCUAGGAACGUUGUAGUUUAUUGUAAAUCAAUCGUCACUUUUAUAAGCUAAGCAUUCCCAGAGACCAAUAACUUGAUUAUCUUAUUUGUAAAAUAUUCCUUCAUCUCAAACAAAACCAGAGUUUGUGGAGAGCAAAAUUGUAUUGGAAGAAUAACUUCUGCCCACGAUCAUUUUGUCAGAGCCAAUUCAAAUAUUAAAAUGUGGUGAUAAUACAAACCGAACAUUGCAUGUGUAUUUAUCAAUACUUCCACAGGAUUAACUCUUUACAUCGGCAUAGCUCUUUACGUGCUUUCAAUGGAAUGUCUCUCAGUAACAACCUACUUACAUAUAGUGCUAUUUUGAUCCUUAAUCUGACAAAUUGUGAUUCUCUUCACAUAUUUAUUAAUUAAUGCACAAAUUGAUUAACUAAGCUCCUUUUUAUUUCCAUUAGUAAUCCUGUUGCAAAGUCAGAAGCUAUCCCUUGAAUAAGUAAAUAUGUUGCUCUCCAGCAAACUUAAAAGGAAAAUGUACAUCACAUUUCUAGACUUUUAAAGAUCAUUUUCCCCCAAGAUGCAAGUAAUUAUGUACUUUUAGAGCUUUGUAAACCUUUGAUACACUUUCUGUAUUUCUUUUAUAUAUGUCAACCAUUUGAGAUUAUGAAGUAUAGUUUUAUUGAAGACAUGACAUACUGUUUGCAAAUUAAGUGUGUCAAUUAACCUUGAACAAACAUCAUGUUGUGAAAUGUGUGGCUUAAUUCAAAGUUUUAAUUCUUCUAAUUGCAUUUUAAUCGCUGAUCAUUUUCAAUACUCCAUAGAAGUAUAAGAUAUUAUUCACGAAUAAAUAAAGCUUUGCACUGUUAUCUAAAUAACUAUCGUUAUGCGGUUAAGAGGAGACUUUGCAUUGGUCUUCUGUUGAAGAGGUGAUGAACAAAAAAAUACAAAUUAAUGAAGUAGUUGAAGACCCAAGUCUCUUGAAGGGCAUUGUUUGUCAAUAUGAAAACUUGUAUUUUUGAUUUCUUUUGAUUUAAAGACUAAACCUGUGGAUAUUAUACUUCAGUUUUUAUCAGUGAAAUAUCCAAUGUUUGACUCACUUUUGUAUAUAUUUUAGCACCCCUUUAUAUUUUAAAAUAUUCUUUUAAACAAUUUAAAAUUUGUUAUGUAAUUGUGAUCCAGAGGACAUAUCAAAUAUUUUUAGAAGUCUUUCAGUGGAUGUACAUUUUUACUCAGUCUUUCUAAUGAGAUCAGAAUUAACCAGAUGGAAUGGUGUAAAAUGGACAAUUUGCUGUUCAGACUGUUGUUACACAUCUCUCCUGAUUUUCAUUUACACUGAAGUCAAUAAAAGUGAAAAUUGAAGGAUAUGCAUAAGGGGCAGCUGAUUUCACGUCAUAGCCAAAGUUAAAAUGGUCCUUGAUAUCUUGCAGUGAAUUCAAUUCAUGGGAAAUGAGAAAAAGCAAUUGGAGAAAGCAGUUACCAGCUGCUGGUGAUUGUAUGUUUGGUAUUCUGUGUGUAUUUUCAUGAAAUAAAUUUGCACUUGUGCUUAUA